UCGGAGGCGAGCCACAACCGUGCUGGGUCGUGCGGCAGACUGGAACGUGCGGGUGGCGGUUCAGAGAGACGUGGUGAGCUGAGAGACGUGUUGAGAGAGACGUGACGUUCUGAGAGACGUGUUGAGCUGAGAGACGUGUUGAGCUGAGAGACGUGUCGAGAAGGACGUGACGUUUGGAGAGACGUGCUGUUGAGGGCCGAGAGAGACGUGUUAUCCAGCGAGACGUGCUGAGAAGAACGUGAAGUCGUGUGAAUUACGUAGACUACGGUGCCUAAACUUUCUCUGGUGUCCGUAUUCUGUGUGUGAUCGGGACUAGAAGUAGUGAGAAGCCAUCAGUAUGGGCUGAGGACCCCUGGGGCGAGCAGUCAGGACUGUAAGAAGGCUCAGUGCGUAGGUGAUACAUGGUAGGCAGCCCAGACUGACGAUAUAGCGUGAGCAGGUGCGUGAUAAGGCCCGAGGUCUCGCAGUGUAUCUGGCUGUCGGCGAUUUCGCCACUCAGUGUGACAUAUCGCUCCGUAAGACGCCACGGUCAGCGGGCCGGCGGUGUCCCUGACACUGUGAGCGAGUGACACGGUCAGCUCACACAACAGCAGCUGUUGAACUCCUCCCAGACAGUGAGCGUAGUCAGAGACAGAGCACGAGAGACAGUCGGAAAUGGGCGCCGGGUCAACGAAACCUGGCGAGCCCGGCCAGCGGACGGUGCACACAUUUGACGAGUCCAAGAGCAGUAGUGAUGAGCCGACAGAGACCUCGUUUGGUCUGGACACGCCGCCACCAAAGCAGAAGCGGUCACCGCCUCGGCGAAACCCCGCUGCCAAGGCGGCGUCAGCAGCGGUGUCCAAACGCGGCGCAGCGAGUUCGAGUCGUCGCAGCGCGGCAGCGAACGGCAGCCGCGACGCGCCUGGCACCAGCGCCGGCGGCGGAGGAGUCGGUCUGGACACCCGGGCCGCCUCGGCCGCCGACCUCAGCAGCCAGCUGGACGAGCUGGACGCCACGUUUACCUCCCUGGGGAUCGUGGGCCGACAACUGGGCGGCGACGGCUCCAGCUUCAGUAGUCCCAGCAGCCUGCAGAGCAGCCAGACCAGCUGUCAGCUGCAGCAGCAGCUGGACACCCAGCAGUCGCUGCAGCAGAGCUCCGGCAGCACGUGCUCGCGAUCCGGCGGCUCGCGCGCCAGCCGAGAGAAGCGCCGAUCGCAGCCGUUCAGCUGGGAGCAGCGCUCGGCCAGCCAGCAGGAAAACUGGCAAUACCAGAAGGUGUCACUAGACGGAUUCGAUCCGGAAAAGUUCAAAAAGGCCAAUAAGGGCGCGGGCUUCGAUGAUAGCAUUGGACUACCCAGGGACUUUGGGGCUCGGGGAGGCAAUAUGGCGGUGCCAGAAUACGACCAUCAAGACCAGCAGAUCCUGGCGAGCAUCGAGCGAGACUUCGACAAGCUGAUCCCGCUAUAGUCGAUCGGGUCGAGCGCCGAUCUCAUCCUUUCAUAUAUAGUCUGCUCAUGAGAAAGCACAGGGAAAGUACGAAAUGCAGGAGAUAGCUCGUCACCCCAGCAUCUGUCGGGGUGCUUCAGACCCAAUCGAGCACUGGGGCUCCUAAGUUGGGCUCAGAGAGAAAUUCGCGGUAAGACGGGCCAGAUCGGAAUCAUGGAGCUCAGUACAACACUGCUGAGAAAGACGUCAAACCCGACAAGAUCGAAUGUCGGUGAUUCCCAUGGCGAGGGUGAUUACAGCUAUUAGCUGGGCGACGGCAGCUGGCGCGUUCAACUUUCAACGGGCUCAGAGGUCGGCGUGUGUGGAACGGAUGGAAGGUAGCUUAUGUUGAGGUUCGUGAGGCCGACCCGUGCAUCUCACGCCGAAAGUCGAACCCAAUCUCGAGCAGACAGCCCAGCCUGUAUGUCGAGCUGACAGUCUAGUCCGUGAUUCGUGCAGGCAGUCUGUCGAGUGGGAAGUGUCCGCAGAGACAAGAGCGAUUUUGCUGGUCAACUCACUGAGUCAGUCGGUCUCCAAAUGCCGUCCAAAUGUGAUUUAGAUCCGUCCGUGGGAGCCGGGAGCUUCGUAUGUGAUCGGUGGUUUGCUGUUACCGGAGGAAAUGGUGUUACAUAUUAGAGUGAAUACAACUGUAUAUAAA